AAAAAAAAAUAGCAAUAUCUCUUUUUUUAGCCUUUCUUUUUCUCCAUUUUUAAUAAAAGAAUGUCAAGCAAAGCAUAUACAAAUGUCUUCUCUUUGGGUGAGCAAAAGCUUACAGCAGAACAGGACUUGGAUUAUGGUCAAAAAAUGGAAAGAGCCAUUGAUGUACAACUGAUUGAUACAAAUUUAUACAUGAGCAAAGAGUUACACUUACCUUUGGGCGCUCGUGGUGUAUUUGGUGGACAAAUUGUCGCUCAAGCAUUGAAAGCAGCUUGGGAUACUGUACCAGAUAACUUUUUUGUUCAUUCUCUACAUUCUUAUUUUAUAUUAGCAUGUAGUGUGGAAAGUCCUGUGAUUUAUGCCGUUCAGCGUAUCCGAGACGGUAGAUCAUUUUCUACUAGAAUUGUCAAGGCCACACAAAAAGGAAAAGCUAUAUUCACUUGUAUUUGCAGUUUUGCUAAACCAGAGGAAGGAUACGUCUUGAAUCAUCAGACCGAGAUGCCAGACGUUCCAAGUCCCGAGAAUUUGCCAACGGAUAUUGAAGUGUAUCGUAAUGCGUAUAGAAGCACACAUAAUCCACCAAGACGAUUUUUAAAAAGACUUGAAAAUAGAAUUAAAGACGCAGGUGUAAUGGAAUACGUUAAUGUGACAAUAGAUAGUACCGAGGAUGUCGUAUCUGGGAACACCAAACCACGUAGACGGGAUCAACGUUGGUUCAGAACACGCGGUAAACUAACGGACGACAUGAAAUUGCACGCUUGUAGUAUCGCUUUUGCAUCAGACGCGGCUUUCUUGAAUACAGCAGCAGUUGCGCAUGGCUUAACAUUUAGCUCCAAAGCGAUCGGUAUGAUGACCUCACUUGACCAUUCUAUUUGGUUCCAUGCGCCUGCCAGAGCUGAUGAUUGGCUACUCUAUGAUAAACAUAGCCCUCGGACGAAUGGCGGACGUGGAGUCGCGUUUGGACGUAUUUACAGUCGCGAUGGCACACUGGUCGUUACAACAGCUCAGGAAGGUGUUGUCAGGUUGUCAAAAGAGGAACAAGAGAAAAGGCUGAAGGAAGCUGAAAACGAAGUCAAGAGUAAACUAUAAUUGAAAUAAAGUACUUAUAGCAACCAUUCCAUGGUUUGUUAAAACUGAAUGACUAAUUAGAGUGCAUAUCUAUUGAAUUGACUUUGAUAAUAAAC